AUGGAGCCCUGCCCACCAUCAAGAAGGUGCUGGAGAAGGGUGCCAAGUCCGUCGUCCUGGCCUCUCACCUUGGACGACCCGACGGCUCCGUCGUCUCGAAGUACUCCUUGGCGCCCGUGGCCAAGAUCCUGGAGGAGAAGCUGGGCAAGCCAGUCACGUUCUGCACCGACUGCGUCGGGCCUGAGGUGGAGGCCACCUGCGCGGACCCAGCGGCCGGCAGCGUGA